AUGUACAAACAUAUGUACAUCCACUACAAGACGGUGUUUCACAAACAUACGUACAUCCACUACAAGACGGUGUUUCACAAACAUACGUACAUCCACUACAAGACGGUGUUUCACAAACAUACGUACAUCCACUACAAGACGGUGUUUCACAAACAUACAUGUACAUACAUCCACUACAAGACGGUGUUUCACAAACAUACAUGUACGUACAUCCACUACAAGACGGUGUUUCACAAACAUACGUACAUCCACUACAAGACGGUGUUUCACAAACAUACGUACAUCCACUACAAGACGGUGUUUCACAAACAUACGUACAUCCACUACAAGACGGUGUUUCACAAACAUACAUGUACGUACAUCCACUACAAGACGGUGUUUCACAAACAUACGUACAUCCACUACAAGACGGUGUUUCACAAACAUACAUGUACGUACAUCCACUACAAGACAGUGUUUCACAAACAUACAUGUACAUACAUCCACUACAAGACGGUGUUUCACAAACAUACGUACAUCCACUACAAGACGGUGUUUCACAAACAUACGUACAUCCACUACAAGACGGUGUUUCACAAACAUACGUACAUCCACUACAAGACGGUGUUUCACAAACAUAUGUACAUCCACUACAAGACGGUGUUUCACAAACAUACUAUAAGCUCAAGAAACGUAUUAUGUAUAGUUUAA